AUGUCUUCUGAAAAUAAAAAGAUUGAAGAGCUGCCGACUCCUGUUCCAGUAGAUGCAAUUGAUGUGAACGUAAACGAAGUGAGCGAGGAAUACGAGAACAAAGGCGAAAGAGUGCUAUUCUUCAACCAGAGACAGACGAUUCUAAAUAUUUUGGCAAAAGUCUAUCCGAAGGCUAUCUUAGGAAAAGUAGAUUCUGACGAAGUUAUUGAAAAAGAUGACAUUUCUCGUGAUGUCAGCGGAGAAGUCGUCCUUGUCGAUACAGCCGCUAUAAGGAAAAAAUAG